GUUUUGCUUCCACGCAGAGAGUCAGAAACAAACAUGGCGGAAGAAGGAAGCGAGCAAACUUCUCCUGGGGUUCUUGAAGAAAUUUUCACGUCGCCUCUAAACCUGAGUUUGUUGUGCCUUUGUUUGUUUCUGUUGUACAAGAUAUUUCGCGGAGACAAGCCUGCGGAAGUGGCUGAAGUUGAGGAGCCGUUACCCAAGCUGAAGAAGAGGGACUUCACUCUGGAGGAGCUGAAGCAGUAUGACGGAGUGACAAACCCGAGGAUCCUCAUGUCUGUCAGAGGCAAAGUGUUUGAUGUGACAAGAGGAAAGAAGUUCUACGGGCCUGAUGGCCCUUAUGGAGUCUUUGCAGGCAGAGAUGCUUCCAGAGGAUUGGCUACGUUCUGUCUAGAGAAGGAGGCCUUGAAGGACACACACGAUGAUCUUUCAGACCUCACUGCAGAGCAGCAGGAGAGCCUGGGCGAGUGGGAGACGCAGUUCACCUACAAAUACGAUUAUAUCGGCAAACUCUUGAAGCCUGGCGAGGAGCCGACAGAGUACACAGACGACGAGGAAGUGAAGGACAAAAAGAAGGACUAGGUCAUGAGAGGCACCCAAACAUAGUUCCUCUCAGCUGUGCCUAAUGUACUUGCAAUCAUCGGCGUGUCCUGAUAAUUCGGGUUCACUGUGACUGUUUGUUCUGGACCACCAUGCCUUCACAUUUCAGCAUGCCAUAAUUAAUCUGUGCUAAGAUGAUUUCAAUCAGCAUUUUUCUUAAUAGAGCUACCUGACAGCAGCAGCAGGAGCAAAUGUCAUUCUUGUAUUUAGGUGCAACGUACUCGAGUAACGUGGACCACACUGUUAUUAUCGUGAUGCUUUGUUAAGGCAUUUCAUCUAACAAUAAUACUUAAAAUGCAAGUAAUUAUGAUACACUACAUAUACAUUUUAUAUGAGAUUUCAAAAUAAUACAUGAGGAAAGCAGGAAUGUGAUUUGUAAUUCUACAAAUGUAGACAAAAUCUAACAUUCCAUGACUGGGACCUUAAUAACAAUAAGAGUUUAUGAAGCACUUGUAACUGAAAAUACUUAUUAAAACAAAUUUUCAUAUUAA